CAAUUCCUUAAUGAUUGAACCCUCCAUCCAAUCCACGAAGGAGUCUUUUCUGCUUCAUCCUCUUUGUGUCAGUUUGAUUGCAUUGAUUUAAGUAGGAUUAUCUUCUAACAGGGUUAGGUGAAAAGGAUGUUGUGUUUGUCAGAUAGUGAGGAGAAUAAGGUGAAUGAGUUUCAGGAGAUUGUUGAAGCAGUUGGGGUAGAAGAAGUAGAAGGCUUGAGGAGGUUCAGUGGAAGGGUAUUCAGAUCCCCUACUUUGUUUGAGGAUAUGUCAUUGAAUAAUCAUCCUUGGCAUGGCUUCAUUUUGCCACUGGAAUCCAUCUGGUGGCUUAUGGCUUUCAAAAUGGACAACAAGGGAAACAGUGAUGAGUGAGCAAGGAAAUCAAUUGGGUUAGCUAGGGUUCAUAAACAAUGCGAAGGCAGAAAGGAGAAGACAAUAGAGAGGAAAUCUGGCAACUAAACUUACUAGAACUCGAGUCAACUCUCACAAUCCUAUAAUUGUCAUAGAUCAUGGACGUCCAGAACUGUUUUAAUUCUUGGAUUAAGGCAAAUUCCACACAGCAACAAGGGAGUCGGGGAGGAGGGAAAGCUUAGAGGGAGAUGCUAUGCCAAGAUUAUUCCAUGACAAAUGAAAAAGAGAUGAGUGGAGGAGAUCUGGAGUAUUAGCAUUUUCUGAAGGAGAGAGCAUUUUUUGACAUGGAUUGGCACAAUUAAAGGUGGAAAAGGAACUAUGUAUGAGGGCUUUUCAUACAAACUUUCCCUGCAACUCCCAUUAGACUACCCUUUCAAGCCACCUCAAGUCAGGUUUGAAACCAUGUGCUUCCAUCUGAAUGUUGAUCAGUUUGGGAAUAUUUGCCUUGAUAUUCUUCAGGUAUCAAAUUAAGCAAGUACAUUGGUUUUCAGUUAAACCAUUUGCUCUUAACGGCAUGAGAAGAAGAUUGGGAAAAGAAACCUCUACUUCGUUCUGUUAUAUUCAACUGUUUGAACCUAUUGCCUUGAUGGAUAUUGGAAUUAUAACAUAUUUUUAUUUUUCAUAGCAUAGCUUUACUACUGAACCAAGGGAUCAUUGGACAAAUUGUCUUCUGCUUAUGAUUGCAAAACCAUUCUACCGUCCAUUCAAAUUCUAUAAGAUCUGGCUUCUAUUCCCUUCAUUUUUAAUUCAUGACACUGGUAAACUAUCCCUCUAAAUUUACCAAGAACUCUUCUUGCAUGCAAAGCUGAUCCCAAGGGUACCCUCAACAGCUAUGCCGCAAAACAAUGGAGCAAUAAAGAAGGUUGAAGAUU